AUGUCUGGUCGAGGAAAAGGCGGUAAAGGACUUGGGAAAGGAGGUGCAAAGCGUCACCGGAAAGUUCUGAGAGAUAACAUUCAGGGAAUCACAAAACCAGCAAUUCGCCGUCUAGCGCGUCGUGGUGGCGUGAAACGCAUUUCUGGUCUCAUUUACGAGGAGACGCGAGGUGUACUGAAAGUUUUUCUUGAGAAUGUUAUUCGUGACGCUGUAACCUAUACCGAACAUGCUAAGCGCAAGACGGUUACUGCUAUGGACGUAGUGUACGCGUUGAAGCGUCAAGGUCGUACCCUGUAUGGUUUCGGAGGUUAA